ACUUGCACAUUUCAUCUCAUAUUCUCAAAUAGUCUUUCAAGGGAAGGGAUCCACCGGAUUCACUGAAAAAUUAAACUGGUUGGUCACACGGCAAGAAUAUGCAGAUUUUCGUCAAGACCCUCACGGGCAAGACCAUCACCCUUGAGGUCGAACCCAGUGAUACAAUUGAAAAUGUCAAGGCAAAAAUCCAGGACAAAGAAGGGAUUCCUCCAGACCAGCAGCGACUGAUCUUUGCCGGUAAACAAUUGGAAGAUGGUAGGACACUUUCUGAUUACAACAUUCAAAAGGAGUCGACUCUUCACCUUGUCCUUCGUCUUCGAGGAGGUGUCAUUGAGCCCACCUUGCGCAUCUUGGCCCAAAAAUACAACUGUGACAAGAUGAUCUGUCGAAAGUGUUAUGCUCGUCUCCACCAGAGAGCGACGAACUGUCGCAAGAAGAAGUGUGGUCACACCAAUAACAUCCGCCCAAAGAAGAAGCUGAAGUAAGCUGCAAGGUUGACAGGAAACGGGUUGUUCAGUCAGCAUUUCACCACCAUGGCUGAAUUCCAUUUUCAAUUAAUACAUCAAUUUCUUGGAUUUGUUGUUUGAGAGAAUUCUUUAAUAAAUUCGAUACCGUUAUAAAUCAAGCCAUUUCACAGUGGCUAUGAACUUACAUAA